AUGUCAGUGCACCCCUGCAUCACCAGCAACACGAUGAUGUCACUUCUGGUGCAUGCUGGAACUGACAUGGCCACGUUGCUGGAAAUAGUGCAGAAUCAGUCCGCGGGAGUAGGCCAUCUGGCCCACCUUGCCCACAACAUCCCGUCACUGCAAAGCAACACCUCUCCAGACAACUGCACUGAACCUGGCACAGAUUUCCAACACUCCCUUUACGCAGUGACGUACACCAUCAUCUUCAUACCAGGCCUCCUGACCAACAGUGCGGCGCUGUGGAUUUUAUGCCGUUUCAUCAGCAAGCGGAACAAAACCGUGAUUUUCAUGGUCAACUUGGCUGCAGCUGACUUUGCUCACGUUCUCUCCUUACCUUUGCGGAUAUAUUAUUACAUCAACAACUACUGGCCCUUUGGGGGCUUCCUUUGUCAUUUCUGCUUCUACGUCAAGUAUCUCAACAUGUACGCAAGCAUUUGCUUCCUGACCUGCAUCAGCGUGCAAAGAUACUUUUUCCUCCUCCACCCGUUCAGGGCCAAAGACUGGAAGCGGCGGUAUGACGUCGCCAUAUGCAUUGUCGUGUGGGUCUUCGUGGGAGUCGCUUGCUUGCCAUUCCCACUGAUGAGAGAUUCCAAAAACUCGAAGACUUGCUUCACUGAACUUGGCAUCAGAAAGAUGGCCAACAAAGCUGUCCCUCUCAUAAUGGUGACAGUGGCCGAAUGUGUUGGUUUUUUGGUCCCGCUGAUCAUCAUUGUCUAUUGCACCUGGAAGACCAAAGCUUCUCUUCAAGAAUCUCAAAUAUCUCUGCAAAAUGUGUUGGAAAAGCAGAAAGCGUUGCGGAUGGUGGCCACGUGUGUCGUUGUGUUUUGUGUGUGUUUUGCACCGUAUCAUAUUGUUUUUUUCUUCUUUAUGAUGGUCAAAGAGAUGAUUAUUACAGACUGUGGAGCAGUUAAAAGUAUUUUGUACAUACACCCAUUUUGCUUAAGCCUCGCCAGCUUCAACUGUUGUUUAGAUCCCAUCCUAUAUUUCUUUACAACUUCCGAAUUUCGGGACCAGAUCUCAAGACACAGCAGUCUGGCCAUCAGGGGUCGUCUGAUGAGCAAGGAAAGUGGUUCUUCAGUGAAAGAAUAA